AUGCUGCAGGGAAGUACCACGGGACGACAAUUCUGUGUGCGUACACAAUCCAACUUCGGUAGUGAGUAUCUCCACCUUCGCGCCCACGAGACUGAUACAUUCAAUCGCGGACUCGAAUUCUCCGUCAACCAGGAUGAACUUUCAGCCAUCAAUCUUUCCUAUGAAUCAGCUGAUGACGCUGGCUACUUUCUGUCCGGCUCUCAGAGACAUGGGAUGCGACUAAUGAUGCGCCACUGUUCUAACCAUGUCAGUAUCGCUUACAUGAGGAUAAUCAAAUAUCUUCCCCACACUUCCCCACUUUCGAAGCCCGGGCAUCAUCUUGUCGCUCUCGAGCCGUCUUCUCAUGAUCUUGCGUCGGAUAAUCUUCACACGUCAGCCUUUCCAAACCACUUUUGCUACAAAGAUACCCUGAACUGUGCCUCCUGCGUUUUACCCAUGACGGCCUUCGUUCUGUGGUUAUCUUUUCAUAAGCCAUCAUCUGACGACAAAAAGCUGCCCGGUCUCCGUCCUCCAGUAACAGUAAUACCGGUACAUACUGCCUAG